GACGGUCAUACAUGGACAUGGAGUAAGGACGCCUCCUCCUCCUCCUCCUCCUCCUCCUCCUCCUCCUCCUCCUCCUCUUCGCCUCUGUCUGUACCACGAAUGCCCCCCCGACCCGAGACGGAGGAAAAGAGAGAGACAGUGAAACAGAGGAAGAGAUAAAGGAAAAUUAGGGGGCAGAAAAAAACAGCAAGCAAAAGCAAAAAAGGAGAAAGAGAAAGAGAGGAAGAGGGAGGCGGCUCAUCCAUAAUCUCCACAGCGGGGAAACACUUAGAGGGAGGGCGGCCACACGGGCGAUUCUGUCUAUCUUGCAACUUCAGGAACCAUCAUCACAAUUUAAUAAGAAUCUGAAAGGCUGCGGCGCUGCAACAAAUCAGUCAUCAUCAGGAAGAGAGGGCGGGCGAGAGAGCUCCAGACUCAGAGAGAGAGAGAGAGAGAGAGAGAGAGGGGAGGAUGCAGCGAGGUGGAGGACGCACAACAGAGUUUUAACACCUUCACUCCUGGAUUUAUAUCUUCCUGCUGCAAGUCCCAGCAGCAAUAAACCUGCGUCUGCAAUAUCAGAGAAUAACUUUAUUAUUAUUUCACACAGAUUCUGCUCCUCCAAGGCCGCAGACACGCUCCAAGAAAUUAUGUGUUUCCACCGGGACAGUCUGUGUUUUGUUCUGGAACAUUUCCUUAUCUAGGAGAGGACCAAAGUUUGUCUUAAAAAGGGAAUAUAUUCCAGACAGCUUCUUGCAGGCCAAGAGGACUUUUAUUGUGGAGAGCAACAGGAAGUCUGUAUCCCCUGUGAAGGACUUCAGAGACCCUUCAGAGUAAAGGACAGGAAGCUCACCUGUCGGAUGCAUCAGCUUUGUUUUUCCUAUGCUUUGUUUUCAUGGCUUGACACCUAGCUGACCUCUGACCCCUCCCUCCGCCCCUCCUCCCCCCUCCGUCAACAUGCCAAUGAGGAUUCAGUCAGAGCACCCGCAUUAGCUCCGUGAACUUCGCCCCAUUCCCCCCCGAGGACAGUGCAGACUCUCAACAGCUGAGACGAGUUCCUGCAAGAUGGCGGCCGGCGUGGCGACGUGGCUGCCGUUUGCACGGGCAGCAGCGGUGGGAUGGCUGCCGCUGGCCAAGAAGACGAUGCCCAAACCUCCCGUGGACAACACGUCGAGAUCGGACGAGAUCCUGUACGUCAACGUCAGCGGUGUCAGGUUUCAGACAUGGAAGAACACCUUGGACCGUUAUCCGGACACGCUGCUGGGUUCUUCGGAGAAGGAGUUCUUCUACAACGAAGACACGCAGGAGUACUUCUUCGACCGAGACCCCGAAAUGUUCCGACACAUUCUGAACUUUUACCGUACCGGGAAGCUGCACUACCCGCGGCACGAGUGCAUCCAGGCCUUCGACGAAGAGCUGGCCUUCUACGGCAUCGUGCCGGAGAUCAUUGGAGACUGCUGCAUGGAGGAAUACAGAGACAAGAAGAAGGAGAACCAGGAGCGUCUGGCCGAGGACACAGAGGCCAACGAGGCCAUGGACGCCCCCCUCCCUCCGCACAGCACCUCCAGGGAGCGUCUGUGGCGAGCCUUCGAGAACCCCCACACCUCCACCAUGGCGCUGGUCUUCUACUACGUCACCGGCUUCUUCAUCGCCGUCUCCGUCAUCGCCAACGUGGUGGAGACGGUCCCCUGCAAGCCCCCUAAAGGCAGCGUGAAGGACCUUCCCUGCGGGGAGAAGUACCAGCUGGCCUUCUUCUGCAUGGACACGGCCUGCGUGCUCAUCUUCACCUUCGAGUACCUGAUGCGUCUGUUCGCCGCGCCCAGCCGCUGCAAGUUCAUGCGCUCGGUGAUGUCGGUGAUCGACGUGGUGGCCAUCAUGCCGUACUACAUCGGCCUGGUGAUGCCGGAGAACGAGGACGUCAGCGGCGCCUUCGUCACCCUGAGGGUUUUCCGGGUCUUCAGGAUCUUCAAGUUCUCCCGCCACUCUCAGGGUUUGAGGAUUUUGGGUUACACCCUGAAGAGCUGCGCCUCCGAGCUGGGCUUCCUGCUCUUCUCCCUCACCAUGGCCAUCAUCAUCUUCGCCACCGUCAUGUUCUACGCCGAGAAGGGCACCAAGGGCUCGUCCUUCACCUCCAUCCCCGCCUCCUUCUGGUACACCAUCGUCACCAUGACCACGCUGGGGUCUUCUAUUAUCCGCUGUUCAAAGAGCUGCAGGAAACAUCAGAAAUAAGGGAGUGAGUCAGGAACACAAGCUCCAUCUGAACCACCACAC